AUGAGGCUAGCAUUUAGCUGCUUGGCCGUUCUGUGGCUGAGCGUUUCGGCCAUCACAUUGCCAGAAUCUUAUAAUGUUGUAUGGACUUCCCAGAGUAACCGCUCGGCAGACUCUAUGCCACUUGGUGGUGGUGGUUUGGGAGUCAAUGUCUGGGUAGAAAACAAUGACAUUCUUUUAUACGUUGCCAAAGAAGGAACUUUCGAUGAUAACAACAGUCUUGUCAAACUGGGGCGUAUACGCCUCACACUAGACCCGAACCCAUUCGAAUCUCAAUUUAAGCAGACGCUGAAUCUGAAUGAUGGUUACAUUACGAUCGCGGGUCAAAACCAAACAGCUUUAGACCUAUGGGUCGAUAUCAAUAAUGCCGCUCUCCAUAUUGAACUCAGUUCUCCAGUCAAGAGAGUGAAGGUUAAAGCUGCAUAUGAAAGCUGGCGAUGGACAAAUCGUCUCAUGGCAUACGGUGAAUGGCAACAAUCGGACUGGAAUCAAGUGGAGGAUAUCACACCAACUCCGCUUACUCGAGCUGAUAAUAUAUCCUUUGAGGAACAUGGUGUGCGAAUGUUUCACCAGAAUCAACCUAAUACAACGCUAGAUGUGGUUGCAGCCGAUCAACAGUUUGAAAUGCACAAGGAAAACAUGUUUAAUCCACUGGCAUACAACACAUACGGGCUGUAUAUGUAUAGUCCUAAAUUGAUUCCGGGGCCUAUUACUAGUGGCCAUUAUAUGAACACCAGUUUCAAAGCUUGGAACUUACAAAGCGAGGAAACGUCAAACUUGUCACUCACGGUAUUCACGUUCCGCAAACAGACCCUUGACCCCCGGGAAUUCAACGCUACUUUCGAAGAAAAUAUUGUCAAUGCAACGCAGGAAACACAUGAGAACGUUAAAUCCUGGUGGCACAAUUAUUGGGACCGAAGCUGGAUCAUUAUCAAUGAGAAGAAGGGAGAACAAGAUCCCGGCUUUACAGUUGGCAAGAAUUACCAAAUUUUCCGCUACAUGCAAGGAUGUAAUUGGGGUGCUGAGUGGCCAAUGAAGUGGAAUGGCGGUCUGUUUACAUACGAUCCAUAUUGGGUAGAUCCUACGAAUCCCUGGACCCCAGAUUAUCGUUCUUGGACAGGAGGAGUUCACACUGCACAAAACCAACGUCUUCUCUACUGGCCCAUGCUUAAAAGUGGUGACGUUGACCUUAUGAAACCUCAAUUUGAAUACUAUCGGCGCUUGACCCCUGUCGCCAUGCAAAGAGGGAGAACCUAUUUCAACAUCAACGCCUCAUUAUUUACGGAACAACUAGAAAAUUAUGGUCUCCCCAGCUACCUUGACUAUAACACAGACGUUUAUUUCUAUAACAAGUCUCGGCCAACUUCUUUCCCCGUUGGUAUUGAGUGGAACGAUUGGCUUGAAUGGCUACAAGACACGGCGAAUGAAUUUGCUGAUAUGAUACUUCAAGCGGGCAUGUUUUUUGAUUUGGAUCUAGACCCGUACAUGCUUUUCAUUGAGAGUCAACUGCAGUGGUUCGACAUUUUCUACCAACAAUACCAUAGUAGAAUCGAUACUUUUAGUACAGCACGGAUAAGUGGCUCGUCAAAGCUUGUCAUCUAUCCUGGAUCUGGAGCAGAGACCUACAAAGUUGCAUACAAUCCAGCUUCGACAGUGUCUGGACUUAGGAAAGUUCUAGCCGAUCUUCUUCAAAUCAAUCCAAACUAUGUGAUGGGUAAUACGACAUAUUAUCAGAACUACACGGCACGUGUACCUGAAACCCCAUUAAGAUAUCAGCAGGGUUUCGAAUGUAUUAGCCCAGCACUUGCGUAUGUUAGGAUUCAAAAUUCGGAGAUCCCCCAACUUUAUCCUGUCUUUCCAUGGGGUGAAUACGGUCUUGGUCUACCGAAUCUUAGUAGGGCUAUCAAUACCUACUUCUACGAUACCGAAACGCAGAGUUUCCAUGAUAACACUGGCUGGAAACAAGAUGUGAUUUGGAUGGCACGAAUGGGUCUCACUAAAGAAGCUACGAAUUUGACCAUAUCCCGUUGGGCCGACUCUACUGUCUCUCGCUUUCCAGUCUUCAAAGGUCCACACCACGAUUGGGCACCUGAUAUGAAUCAUUUUGGGUCCGCAUCAAUUGCUUUACAAGAAAUGUUGAUGCAGACAUUUGUGAACAAUAACACGCAAAUAAGGUUAUUGGGUGCAUGGCCAAAGGAAUGGGACGUCGACUUCAAGCUCUCUGCCCCAUUUCAAACAGUUGUUAAAGGGGUUGCCAAGCAUGGUCGAUUAGGAAACCUAACUCUUAUACCUUCUUCGCGUAAAGCUGAUGUCGUUUACGGCCACAAUUAG